AUGUCGUUGAACAAGGCCACCAGCGGCCUCACCGGCGCGGCUAGAGGUGCUUCUACCGCUGCUGACUCGGUUAAGAAGGGCGACCUGGCAUCGACCGUCAAACAACCCAGAGAACAAAUCGACCAAACCACCGCGACUUUGACUGGAAAAUCUAUCCCCGGAGAAUUUCCAGGUGAUCAACAGCAAUCCCAAGCUCAAAAUGACGACAUGCCCGAUGUCUCUUUCUCCUUCUCGGGUCUAACUCAGUGGUUUAUGGACAAGUUCGAAACCUACGUUAAGGGCUUGAUUGAACGAUUCUUUCCUGUCCAGAGGAGGGAAGCAGCUUACAAAAAAGCCAUGUCGAGACCUAUGGCUGCAACAUUCAUCGUCUGUCAGGCGAUUUGUUGCGGUGUCCCAAUUUUGGUGUUUCUUGCAGGCGUAUUCUUGUUUGCAGCGGUGGCUACCCUUCUCUGGGCUUUGCUCUCAUUAUUGAUUCUUGGUCCAAUACUACUGGUGACAGGAUCAAUGGGAUUUAUUUUCUGGGGAUGGAGUUGGGCAUUUUACUCGUUUGUUAAGUGGGUCGAUGAGAAGUUCCUUGGCGGGAUUAUCACGACCUUUUUGAUGCCGUUGUCUGCUGCCUCAGGAGACAAUGAACAACCGGAGAAAACACCACAAAAGGAGGAGUGA